CCGGGGACCUCUUGUUUGUGUCCCCUUCUUGUCGCUCACCGUUGGUAGCACCUUCUUCGUCUUCCUUGUGAGCGAUCUACUACGGCCGGUCAGAAGCUGGGUUCUUCAUUGCCGACCAUAUAUGAAAUCUGAUUGCUAAGGAGUUUUGAGCAUUGAUCCCAAUUGAAGUAAGUAGUGAUCUUCCGAUCUUCAUUCCAUCAACCAAUAGAGUUCUUGUAGAACUAUUUUGAACAUGGAUGAAACCAGAAUAAAUACAUCCUUGCUCCAAUCAUCAUCAUAUAGGCUCCCUGACUUCAAACAAUCAGUGAAGCUUAAGUAUGUCAAGCUUGGAUACCACUACCUUAUCACCCAUGCCAUGUACCUCUUCCUUACUCCACUCUUGGGGAUCAUUGUUGCCCAGCUCUCCACCUUUUCACGCCAAGAUUUCCAUGAACUUUGGGACCAUCUACGUUUCAAUCUUAUCUCUGUUAUCAUUUGCUCAGCACUUCUUGUAUUCCUUUCCACCCUCUACUUCCUCACCCGGCCUCGACCUGUUUACCUUGUCAACUUUGCUUGCUACAAGCCUGAAGAAUCUCGAAAAUGUACUAGGCAAAUCUUCAUGGAACGGUCUAAGUUGACUGGUUCAUUCACUGACGAGAACCUAGAAUUCCAACGCAAAAUCUUGGAAAGAUCAGGCCUUGGUGAGGACACUUACCUCCCUGAGGCUGUCCUUAAUGUUCCACCUAACCCAUGCAUUGCUGAGGCCAGAAAAGAAGCUGAGACUGUCAUGUUUGGAGCUCUUGACGAGCUCUUUGCCAAGACUAACAUUAAACCGAAAGAUGUGGGGAUUUUAGUUGUGAAUUGCAGCUUGUUCAAUCCAACUCCAUCACUUUCAGCGAUGAUUGUGAACCAUUACAAGCUCAGGGGAAACAUCAUUAGCUAUAAUCUUGGUGGAAUGGGUUGCAGUGCUGGACUAAUCUCGAUAGAUCUUGCUAAGGAUCUUCUUCAAGCUCACGCUAAUUCCUAUGCCUUGGUUGUAAGCAUGGAAAACAUCACUUUGAACUGGUACUUUGGCAACAACCGAUCUAUGCUUGUCUCUAAUUGUCUUUUUCGAAUGGGUGGUGCUGCGGUACUCCUGUCCAACAAGAGCUCUGAUAGGCAUCGAUCAAAGUAUCAGCUGGUUCAUACUGUGCGUACCCAUAAAGGUUCUGAUGAUAAAUGCUUUAGCUGUGUGACCCAGGAGGAGGAUGCUAAUGGAAAAGUUGGUGUUUCCCUGUCGAAGGAUCUGAUGGGAGUUGCAGGUGACGCUCUGAAGACCAACAUUACUACAUUGGGCCCUCUUGUGCUGCCCAUGUCUGAGCAAUUACUCUUCUUUGCUACAUUGGUCGGGAGAAAGGUUCUCAAGAUGAAGAUAAAGCCAUACAUCCCAGACUUCAAGCUGGCUUUUGAGCAUUUCUGCAUUCAUGCUGGAGGGAGAGCAGUACUGGAUGAACUGGAGAAGAACUUGCAGCUUUCCGACUGGCACAUGGAACCUUCAAGGAUGACUCUUUAUAGAUUUGGGAACACAUCAAGCAGCUCUCUUUGGUAUGAAUUAGCUUAUACUGAGGGCAAAGGAAGGAUUAAAAAGAGUGAUAGGAUUUGGCAAAUUGCAUUUGGUUCUGGAUUUAAGUGUAACAGUGCAGUCUGGAAGGCUCUGAAGACGGUGAAUCCGGCAAAGGAGAAGAACCCUUGGAUGGAUGAGAUUGACAACUUCCCUGUCCCUGUUCCAAGGGUAUCUGCAAUUUGAGUUUAACUCCAAUUUUUACUGUUUGAAUGGAUUCAGUCACUAGAUGAACCAGUUGUAGUCAUUAGGUAUCUGAACUCAUUAAUUUCAAUGUAUUUGUUUAGAUCUCUAUUUAUCUGUUAAUGCAAAUCCUGCUAUUUCUGGCUAAUGAAAA